AUGGCAUCCUUCACUCUCUGGAAUAUCACCGUCAUCGUACUGGUCAUUGCCAUUGCGACCUUGGGCAACGCAGCGCCUGCUCCUCAACGCCGCCCUCACUGGGGCUGGAACCACGACAACGACUACGAGGACUCCAGCACCGAGACUGGAACCUGGACGCUCCCCUGGAUCCAGUCACACUCUCCAACUUCCACCCCAACUGGCUACGGCAAUGGCAACGGAAACGGGUAUGGCAACACUCUCCCCAGCUCUUCCACUCCCACGAGUACCAGCAGCCGCGCCCCCGUUGCAACUCCCACCUCAACCUCCACCUUAUCCAGCAGCGGCAGCUCCAACUCCGACAUCUGGCAACCGGCCGUAGGCACCCCCUGGCAAAUCAUCCUCUCCUCAGCCCUAGAUCCCAGCCUCACAAACGCCAACGCCAACGCCAACGCCAAAUCCGCCUCCGCCUCCGCCUCCGCCUCUCCCCGCGUCUCCAUCUACGACAUCGACCUCUACGAAAACGACGCCGCCACAAUCUCGUCCCUAAAAUCCCAAGGCAUCAACGUAAUCUGCUACUUCUCCGCAGGCACCUACGAAGACUGGCGGCCCGACGCCUCCUCGUUCUCCUCCUCCGACCUCGGCGCCGCCCUCCCAGACUGGGCGGGCGAGAACUGGCUGGACCUGCGCUCGGCGAACGUCCGCGCCAUCAUGUCGUCGCGCCUCGACACGGCCAAGGAAAAAGGCUGCGACGGCGUCGACCCCGAUAACGUCGACGCGUACGGCAACAAUGCAGGCGGGCUCGGCCUCACGGAGGACGACUCCGUUGACUUCGUCAAUUACCUUGCCGACCAGGCCCAUUCGCGGGGUCUAUCGAUUGGGCUUAAGAACGCGGGCGCCAUUAUCCCGCGCGUUAUUGAUAAUGUGGAGUUCAGCGUGAAUGAGCAGUGCGCUGAGUACGAUGAGUGUGAUCUCUACCAGGCGUUUGUGCAGCAGGACAAGCCGGUUUUCCAUAUUGAGUAUCCGGCUGGCGGGGAGGUGAGUACGGCGGAUGUGGACAAGGCGAGUCUGUGUGCGGGCUUUGAGGGGGCGGAGGGGUUUUCGACGGUCAUUAAGGAUUUGGAUUUGGGGGUGUGGGUGCAGGAGUGUUGA